AUGGAGCCGUUAACGCUCAACUCGUCCCUCCACCUUUCCAAAAACGCCCUCCUCGCCUCCGAAUCGGGCGUGUGGGGACGGAACGCGACGACUCCUCGAAUCGACUCUGCCAGUUUUGCGGAGACGCGCGUGGAGUCGAGCACGGUGGAUAGCCACGCCGUGGCUAUCCAAACGUACCCUCUGUCGACCAUCCCUAGACGAGAGGCGAGCUCGAAAAUCCGUACACCGACCGCGGAAAAAGCGUGGACCACGAUCACUCGUGACUCCAUCAUCGAGACUUUGACGAGUUGGGUAGUGAUCUCGUCGUCAGUUGCCAGUGUCUCGGGCGAGAGAAGCGCCUUGUACGUGAUUCUGCAGCGUCUAUCAGCUAGCUUCUCAGCUAAGGCAAUCAUACUGCCUCGACUGUGCUCGUCGUCUGGCGACGACCUCUCGGUAUCCGUAGUAAGCGACGGUGUCGGCUAUUGCCGACAUCUGGAAGAGGUCGUUAGGGGCCGUUUGGAUGAAGUAAGGGUAUUGGAGGGAGGAGAGGCUUGGGUCGAGGGCCGUGAAGGAGAGCAUGGGGACGUGGAGCUCGUUCGCCAGGAUGUGGGCCAUCCCGGAGGAUUGGGGCCCCAUUAUGGCGACUGUGUCGCCCUCCAUGUAUUGGAGGCCGCCGAUGAUGCCGAGAAAGCCGCUGUAGUUGGAGUCGUGCGUGGAGAGGAGGAGCUUUGUGCCGCCGAGAAUGGACGGAUUGGAGUUUAUGUCAUCGACUGCGGCGUUCAUGGCGAUCUUGGCGACUUGGCCGUUGAUUGUGCCGAAGGUGAAGAUGGCGCCAAUGUUGAUCACAUCUGGUCUUGA